AGCAGCAUGCAAGCAUAUCUUUAAGAUCCCUCUGUGUAACUUGGUGGGCCGCAGCAUUGAAAGACCCCUGAAGUCCCCCCUCGUCAACAAGGUGCUGACGACACCGGCCCCCGUCAUGGUGCCCCCUGCUCCCCUCAUCUCUGCAACACAUUCGCUUUCCUUAUCACGCAUGGAGAUCAAAGAAAUAGCCAGUCGCACACGGAAGGAGUUGCUCGGCUUGACAGAGGAACCAAGUGGGAAAUCAGACGGGGGAUCGGUCAAACAGAGAAAGAUGAGCAAAAAGAACACUGAGGAGGAGCCCAAAGUACGAGCGCUGACAUCAACGAACAGUGACAGGCUAGCCUCAGAGUCCAGCGACGCAGAUCAGGAUGUCCAGCUGCACUGUUCGUCCAGUUCGGAGGCCGAGCCAGAGAAGGUGGUGCUGCAGGCAGAGAGCCCGCCUCUCACCAGCGCGUUCUCCCUCUCCACGUCCUUUGAAGAAGAUGUCUUGGACCUAAAGUGAAGACGAACCCAUUGUGCACUUCUCUGCCCACCAACUUCUGUACUGUCGCCUUUCCUCUGUUGUCUUGGUUGGUUUCUGUUUUGUUGAGCUCUGUCGCCUUGUCGCUUUUUCUUUAUACCCUGGGAUUCUGGGUCUCCCCGUUCAUUGGACAAGAUGGUUGGAGUGGGAGUUGGAAGAGUGUGUGUGUGUGUGUGUGUGUGUGUGUGUGUGUGUGUGUGUGUGUGUGUGUGUGUGUGUGUGUGUGUGUGUGUGUGUGUGUGUGUUUUCGUGAGC